AGCAAGGCAAGCCAUGUCUAAACCAAAGCUAUUGCUAGCUGACCUUGUAUCCGGUGUUCACCAUGUUCCCUCAAAUUACAUCCGACCCAUCUCCGAUCGUCCAAACCUCAAUGACGUUGAGAUAUCUGAUGGCUCAAUACCCCUCAUAGACCUUCAGGGCCUCCAUGGUCCCCACCGCGUUGAUGUCAUUAAACAGAUUGGCCUAGCAUGCCAGCAAGAUGGCUUCUUUCAGGUUAAAAACCAUGGAAUAUCCGAGUCUCUGGUUAAUAACAUGUUACGUAUAGCCGGAGAGUUUUUCCGGUUGCCAGAAAGUGAGAGAUUGAAGAUUUACUCGGACGAUCCCUUAAAGACAACUAGGCUGUCCACCAGCUUUAACAUCAGGACAGAGAAGGUCUCAAACUGGAGGGAUUUCUUAAGACUCCAUUGUUACCCGCUUGAGGACUUUGUAAAUGAAUGGCCCACAAGUCCUCCAUCUUUCAAGAAGGACGCAGCAGAGUAUUGCAGCAAUGCAAGGGCCCUAGCACUAAGACUGCUUGAAGCCAUAUCAGAGAGCUUGGGCCUGGAGAGAAAUUACAUAAAUAAACAACUAGGAAGGCAUGGGCAACACAUGGCCAUAAAUUAUUAUCCACCAUGUCCAGAGCCUGACUUGACUUACGGAUUGCCAGGCCAUACUGAUGUUAAUUUAAUCACAAUUCUUCUUCAAGAUAAUGUGCCAGGAUUGCAGGUUCUCAGAAAUGGAAAAUGGAUGGCCAUCGACCCUAUUCCCAAUACAUUCAUUGUCAACAUUGGUGACCAAAUGCAGGUAAAAACACAUACACAUCUGAUCUGAGUUAACUUAAAAAGAAUAAUAAGCCAACCAAUACAGCAAUGCAAGCAAACGGGAGAGAAGAAAAUUGCAUGAUUUUGCAUUCAUGUUCUGAAUUUUUCCUCUUUCUCUGGAUUAGGUACUUAGCAACAAUCGGUACAAGAGUGUUAUUCAUCGAGCUGUUGUCAACUGCAACAGACAACGAAUCUCGAUUCCCACAUUUUACUGUCCAUCACCCGAAGCUGUGAUAGGACCUGCUCCGCUAUUGGUUGACAAUGAUCACCCAGCAGUCUACAGAAAUUUCACCUACCAGGAAUACUUUGAAAAAUUUUGGAACAGAGGACUUGCAACCCAAAGCUGCUUGGAUGUGUUCCUCAACUCUUCUCACUGAGCACAACUUUUUAGGACAAUCACACACGUGUGCUUGCUAAAUGAACGAAUGAUCUUUAACGUACGCAGAUUACUAAAUAAUAUUUCUCACAUUAAUCAUGUAACAGACCAUUAAAACAAAUUAAAAUUGUGUAUGUGAUUUCUGUUGGAAUAUAAGUGAGUUAAAAUAUCCCCAUGUUAAAUAAAUCAUAGUUAGUGGUCAAUUUCGAAAUAAAUAGAUUGACAAAAUUUAAUUUUUAUACCCAAAAUGAGUGAGUCAACUUUAAUUUAGGCUCAAAAUUAACGAAAUUUAAUUUUUUUUUACCCAAAACAAACUAUUUUAGUCCAUCAUUAAAAACUCGGUUAGCAAUCAUGCACACUCAAGUAC